GCUUCACACGUGACUCGGUGUGCGUAUUUAAGCCCCUGGCGCGAGAUCUUUUAGUUGAGGAAAACAAGAGUGGUAAAGAGGUUCGGUUGAGAUUGUGAAAGAUCUCCGGAAAGAAAAUGAAUUCCGUUGGCAACGUGAAGCAGCAGAGAUCCAAUGAGAACAUGAAGAACUUCUUUGCAUCGCCUCAAAAGGCAGUUGAAAAACAAAGACACAGCCUGCAGGUCCUCCAGGCUUCAGCAGUCAACGCAAGUUUGAAAUUGACUCGGACAGGAAAGGUUAUUCCGAAGAGGAAACAGUGGAUACUGGACCAGUCAAGAGGUCAGAAGAGGGUUAAAGUAGAAGUCAAAGCCACACAAACGGAAGAAGUUGACUGUGUACCAGAUGGCCUGUCCAAAGAAGCAUAUGAACUUAUGGUCAAAGAAACUCCUCCUUCCUCUUACUGGAAAGAAGUAGCAGAACAACGACGAAAGGCUUUGUACAGCGUCCUACAGGAGAACGAGAAGUUGCACAAAGACAUCGAAGCCAGAGAUGAGCAGAUCAGCAAGCUCCAGUCUGAGAACGAAGAGCUGCAGGAGCUGGCGCAACACGUGCAGUACAUGGCUGACAUGAUUGAGAGACUGACUGGAAAGAGUCCAGAGAGCCUGGAAGAAAUGAAGGACAUUGCAUUUGAUGCAGAAGAGGCGGGUCCAGCUGAGCAAGAGGAGGCAGACUACAGUGAUGAAGAGACGUCGUAUCAUGACGAAGCAGGACCCUCAGGAUUAAACUGACUUUAGAAAGACCCCCUUUUGAAGGAGAUGUGCUCUCUUUUGUUAAACUUGUAAUUUUUGAGUUGUUUGCAGCUUUUUAUCAUUUGAGUUUAAAUUUAAACGCAUUGGACAGUUUGUCUCCAUCUUUCAAUACAAAGAACUUUUGUCGGGUAAUUGACUGGUAUUAAGCCCUCACUGACUCCUGGGUACUUUUAUAGAGGAGCCCUGUAGUUUAAAACUGAAACAAAUGUUUUCCAGACUUCAACCUUGUUUUGCAGGGUCUUGUAUGUUAAUAAAUCUGGCUGUUGGCAGACCCUUGUCUCAGUUUAAAACGUAAAACCACUUUUUAACUGAUUUUGUACAUAGUCUAUACAAUAAAAUUUAAAGAAACUGA